AUGAGCACUAUCUCAGCCAACGGAACCCCUCCUGAGGGGGAUGAAAGGAGACUCUCAGCAAACGAACGCCGGCGCCUACGAAAGGCACAACAGAUGGAGGAGAAGAAGCAGCAGAAGGGUCAGACCCGUGAGAAUGCUGGGGAGAAAUCCACUGUCCAGCCGAAGGAGCACGAAGAAGUUGACCCGCGUGUCUUCUAUGAAAACCGUUGCAAAUUCGUUGAAGGGCUACGAAAGCAGAAUAUUGCUUAUCCGCACAAAUUCAACGUCACUAUGACCAUUGAAGAAUUUCAGAAGAAAUACGGGGAUUUGGCCGAUGGAGAGCAUCUCCCCGAGGAGGAAGUGUGCUUGGCAGGUCGGUUGACCCGCGUGGCUGCAAGCGGACAGAAACUGCGGUUCUAUGACGUCCGUGGGGAUGGCCAUCGUCUGCAAGUGAUGGCAAAUCUGGCUGAUCAUGAUCCUUCCACCGGCGACUUCCUUGAAGUUCACAAUGCUUUCCGCAGGGGAGAUAUCGUUGGCAUCCGAGGGUACCCAGGAAAGUCCAAACGAGGCGAACUUUCCAUUUUCCCGCAUGAAAUGAAGCUGCUUACACCGUGUCUGCAUAUGCUGCCCGAAAGAAACGGGCUAAAGGACCUGGAUACACGCUAUCGGCAUCGAUUUAUCGAUCUCAUUGUCAACGAUGAGCCGCGGCGGGUCUUCAUGAUCAGGUCGAAGAUAACACGCUUUAUUCGCGAUUUCUUGGAAAAUCGCGGCUUCGUGGAAGUUGAAACGCCAAUGAUGCACCCCAUUUUUGGCGGUGCUAAUGCGAAGCCGUUCGUAACACAUCAUAAUGACUUGAACACAGAUCUCUUCAUGCGGAUUGCCCCUGAGCUUUACCUCAAAAUGCUUACCGUAGGUGGGAUGGAUAAAGUUUUCGAGAUAGGAAAGAACUUCCGGAACGAAGGCAUCGACAUGACACACAACCCAGAGUUCACAGCGUGCGAGUUCUACUGGGCCUACGCGGACUACAAUGAUACGAUGAAACUUACUGAGGAGAUGCUCUCAGAAAUGGUGAUGUCCAUCCACGGCACUUACAAAAUUCCGUUUCAUCCGGAGGGUCCGGGCGGACCUGUUGUAGAGCUUGACUUCACGCCACCUUAUCGGCGCCUUUCCCUUGUCGAAGAAAUUGAAAAACAGGCAAAUGUAACUUUGCCAAGACCUCUGGAUGGUGAUGAGUGCUUGAGUUGUCUGAAGGGGUUGAUGGAAAAGCACAAUAUUCAGCCCCCAAAUCCGGUGACUCCCGCAAAAGCUUUGGAUGCAGUUGGCGCGCAUUUCGUGGAGAGCCAGUGCACCGUGAGGCCGACCUUCAUCAUUGAGCAUCCGCAGGUCAUGUCGCCGCUUGCCAAGUGGCACAGGUCGAAAGCUGAGCUGACUGAGAGGUUCGAGCUUUUUGUGAUGGGCAAGGAACUAUGCAAUGCGUACACUGAACUUAACGACCCGAAGAAGCAGCGUGAAUGCUUUAUGGAGCAACUGAAGGCGAAGGAGGCUGGAGAUGAUGAAGCGUGCCCAAUCGACGAAAAUUUCCUGAUGGCCUUAGAAUACGGCUUGCCGCCGACUUCUGGUUGGGGUAUUGGAAUUGAUAGACUGACCAUGUUCUUGUCCGACCAAAUAACAAUCAAAGAAGUUAUUCUCUUCCCCUCUAUGCGCCCCAAGGGUAGGGAGGAACCGAAAGACGAGAAGAGGGCCGCCUAG